AUGUAUGUGGAUGAGGAUGAGCUACGGGAGCUGCGACGACGGCCGCCAGUUGCUUUUGAAGUGCGAAAUGCGGCGACGAAGGAGGGAGAACUGCAAAGCUGGCACUCACCUGUGCAUGUCCCUCUUUUCCACCGUAAACUGGUGCAGCCGCCAGAGAUUUUCAGAAAAGACCCACCGUUCCGACCCAUUGCGCCUCUGGCACCGAAAAAAAGAAGAUGGCGCGAUAAAGCGGGUAUUCUAUCAGGUAGAGCGGCACAUAAUCUCACAAAGCUGACACCAAUGACUAUUCCAGCGCCAGAAGCUCGAGACCAGCUCUCCGAUCAGUACCUCUCAGGCUUUGAAGACGCUAUCCUUUUCUUCUUACAUGUCAAGCACAAGCACGACGUCCUGUACUUCAAGCGAAAGACUGCGAGAGGAGGAAAAAACGCCGAGCAUACGAAACUCUCUCUUGGAUUGUCCUCAGCACCUGCAAGUACAGGGAAAUAUAUGCCGUACGACUUGGAACGCAUCGAUGAGAUGCCUAGAUCCGGUGCUGGCGACUAUUUCAUGAUGACUUCUUCGUCCCUCGUGCACCAUACGAACAACAAUGAUAACGACGUAUCGGGCGAGGUGAUCCCGUUGUCGCAAUGGAUUAUGGAGAGUAAGACGUUCUCUCUGCUUCUCGCUGGGAUUCCUCUUUUUCAGAAGUUUCUCGUAAGGAAAACCUUUAUGGGAUGGGUGCGUGCGAUUCGCAUGACCAUCUACCGCGACAACUGCAAGCGUGUCGCUCAAUGUCUGCCCUUCGCACGUCACUCUUUCGUUCGAUCGAUACUGCAGUCCAGUCGCACUCUUCGUGAUAUCCAGAAGAUCCGAUCGUUAACCUUACCGACCACUCGACCCGCAGUGGGUCUCGUUACAGUCCAAGAACACCAGAAAGAACACUUAGCAAUGGCGGAAAUGAGCCUGAUCGAUGCGAAGGAAAAGCUUCUCAGUCUUAUGGAGGAAACGGUGCAAAAAAUCUACGACGAGCUGAAUCCCCCGACCAAUUUGGACAGCGCUGAAGCCGCCGCGUCUGUCCGAAGUAAAAAAACUAACGCCAAGUGGAAAUCGGUCCCUAUAGCUGCUAUGCGUCAGCGUAAAGCCGCCCUCCGACGCCAAAAAGACGCAGCAACGCACGACAUUUCGUUGCUGGAGACGUACAUUCGCGUGAUGGAUUAUAUGUUCACUGAAAGCCUCUACUUGAUGCUUAUUGGCUGUAUUCGGCACUUACGCGACCAACUCUCUGCUGAGGAAAGCUUAGGCACUCUUUGUGCGGCAGUGACGAUCGUCGGGGACUCGCUCGACCUAACGCCAUCGUUUGAGCAGACUAAACACAUUUUCUUGGAUGGAAUAACGCGACUCACUCGUCUGGUGAGCAACUUCCACUUCACUAAGAACGCUGCGACGUGGAGUAACAACCGAGGCACGGGGUUGUUAGCCGUCGUUGUCGAGUCUUUCGAGUCCAGCGACUUGUUCUCCUCCGAGUUCGACUUGCAAUCCGUUGUCAGAAAAGACCCCAAAAUUGACAGAGUCACGAAAGAACUCGUCUCAGAGUUGGCGCUCUGGUUUGAUCGGGCUGCUCAACAGAUGCUCGCAUUUGAGUCUUUACGUGUCAUUUCUGUCGAGGUCCAAUCGGCGCAAAUGCAGCGAGGAGAUGACCAAACUGCUGGAUACGUCCAGCCUUUUCUCACUCGACUGAUCGGAGUUUCUGGUGGCGAACUCUCGCGAUUCUUAAAGAGUAUUUCUCACCGUCUCAAUGUUCUCGAUCGCUCGCAACAUGCCUGUCAGAAAGUGCAAUCGAGCUGGAAAGUGGGGUUUCUGGAAAUUCAGUGCCGCGAUUCCAUUGCUAAAAUUCUGGAGCUCAUUUCUCAGGAACGCAAUUCACUGCUUGGAAAGCUUCACGCACUGGCGAGCGAAGGGGUCGCCGAGUGCGUCAGUGCGCUGCAACGAGCCACGGUACUAUUGGAGGAUCGGCCGCAACUAAUUGAGUUUUUCUGCGAGCAAAUGAAGCAAGUUCGACUGCUAAAAGAAGGAGAAAAACAGCUGAAUCAAAACAUUCGCAAUGUGGACGAGACUGUUCGAGCCUUAAAGCGCUUUGCACCUUCGCUGGGGUCGGACGUGUCUCCUCAACACAACGUUAUGCACCAGUUCGUAAGCAAAUACACAGCGCUCACCCAGUCGCACGCCAAGUUUGCAGCUAAAGUUCUGCCCAAUAUCACAUACCAAGUCAACUCUGCGCUGCAGAAAUAUUCAUCACGAUGCCAGAACUUACUGAAAAUGUACGAUGAGUUCUCUACUAUGGAAGAGCAGGAAGACAUGGAGAAGAAUGUGGGGGGUUUCCAGGAGGCUAUACGUGAGUUGUCAGGGAUCGAGAAAGCCACAAAAUUGUAUCAGGAAUACCAGAAAAUGGUCGGACUAAAAGUGGUGGAGAUCCCGUCGUUGGCCGAAGCGAUGGCCAAGUGGGGCGAGGUACGCGAGCUCGUCAAUUUUACGUUACAGUGGCUGGCUGCGAUCGACUCAAUGGAGAAUGGAAUUUUCAGUGAGCAAAACUGGGAAAGCCACGCUGACAAAGUUCACAGUUUCUUGCCAAUUAUUCGAGAACUUCAAAGUCGGGAGCGCGCCGGGUUUGCGACAAAGCUGCUGGUUAAUACCCACCAAGCCGUGAUCGAUUACUUGAGAAAGCUCAGUUUGGUGAAGGAAAUGGCGCAGCCCUGGGUGAAAAUUCACCAUUGGAAGGAGAUUUUGAAGCUCAUGAACAUUCUCAACUACGUGUCGAGUAUUGGCGUGUUGCUAACAGAUGGGUAUACAGCUACGUUAGGGUUUCUUCGGAGUCGAGACUUGUGGAGAUAUGAACUGCAGAUUCGAGAAAUCACACAGAAGGCGCAGCACGACGCAGUGACGGAGAAGAAACUCAACGAGAUGAAAUGUCGACUAGAGGACGCGGUGCUCCCCAUAAUUCGAGUGCUUGACUCGUAUGAACUUGAUCUUCCGCGGGCGAUUCAUCUGCUGGGAUCAUUUGAGGACGAUCUGCUUACCAUUCAAUCACUCGCGCAAGUCACAGCGUCGAGUUCUCUCCAGCUGCAGCUCGUGCAAUGGCGUGACGAAGCUCGUCACUGCGAAGAAGUGCUGGAUAGAUGGAUCGCAAUCCAGAGAAGUCGCACUAAACUGAGUCUGCUGUUCUCGCUUCGAGAUGUGCAGCAAAGUGUUACAGACGCGUCAUUCGAGUUCCAGGCCAUCGAUCGCAAAUGGAGAGGCAUGAUGCACUCAGCGAAAGGGACGGCGUCGUUGUCUAUCUGUCUACGUGAAGUGGUUACGAUUGGCUUCCUUGUGGGAGCUCAAGCUUCCCACGCGAAGUUGUGGCUUCAAUUGGGAACUUAUCUGGACGAGAAGCGAAAGUAUUUUCCUCGUUUUAGUUUCCUGUCCGACCACGAUUUAUUCCAGCUAAUUAUCUACGCUCGAGAUCCGCAGCAUCUUGCUCGAAUGGUCUCGAAAUGCUUUCGAGGAAUUGACUCGCUUCGACUGAGAAGGACGACAAUAGACCUACCGGUAGUAAACUCUUCCGCAUCUCUCGGCAGUGGCAGCAAUAUCGAGAUUAGUGAGGAGAAGACAAAAGACGACGUGCCCGUCUCUAAUCUUCAGGCAGGAGUUGACAUCGACGCCAUUUACGGCACAGCAGUAGGGGAAGAGUUGCCGAUCAAGGCCUUGCGCGUCAGUGCGAGCCCCCAAUUCUGGCUGAAAGAGCUGGACGAGCGUGUGAGAGUAGCUAUGAUCGAGGCAGUCCAUGGUGCCAUGAAUGGGAGCAUUGUCAGCCUAUUUGAAGACAAUCUGGAGUCACUGGUCAAGCCUCGUUCAAGCGCGUUGAAAAAGCGACUGGAGCCACGUGCUGACACUGGACGAAGUGGGGAUAAACUUUUAUAUACGACUGAGUCGGACGCACAGAUUACUGCAGUGGACGGUCGGGCGUGGCAAGACUAUCCCCUUCAAGUCGUGAUACUCUGCGUCCACAUCCUCGUCACUCACGAACUCACCCCGUUAGUUCGACUCGAUCGUUCAGGUGGAGCAUGGCAGCGCUUCUGGCAGCAGUUUCAGCAGAAAAAGUCAAAUUUGAGUGAGCAUAUUGCACGUCGAACCUCAAGUCCAAGAGAGCUCUGGGUUGCGAGCUCCAUCUUGACUCAACUGCUCAAUAAAUCACAGGAAAUACGAGAAUUAUACGAGGACCAACCAGUUGCAAUCGUCGGCCAGUCGGUCGAAGCUGCUGCUGAUCAAACCGAAAGUGACGUCUCUACUCACCAUUUCAAUUGUGCAACCGGGGAUUCUUUUUCGUGGACGAAGCUACCGCGGUAUCACUACGAUCCGUUCGAGCAGAAGUGUAUCAUUCAUCACUCACAGAAGACAUACCAGUACGAGUACUCAUUUAUUGGUAGCUACACGUGUCCAGUGUUGAGUCCGCUGUGCAAUCGAACGGUGUUAGCGAUGAGCUCCGCGUUAUCCCUUGAGCACGGACUGCUAGUGCAUUCUUCAAGCAGCGGUGGAGGUACCAGAAAGCGGACACUUGUGAGGGAUCUAGCAGCAAUGGCCGGUCGGGAAUGUAUCGAAUUUGACUACUCGAAUGGGCUCACUCUCACUCAUUUUAAGAGAAUUCUGCGAGGUGCUCUUCAAAGCAACUCGAUGUGGCUUUUGUUUUCCGGGGUCGAAGUAUCCAGCGCGUUGAAGGUCUUCGCACACGAGAUGAACCAGAUCGUGGACGCGUUACGAGCGCGUCAGAGUUCCCUCGUUCUAGAUGGCUCUCCAGUCGACAUCACGAAUAAUGAGCUGGCUGUUGUAGUGACUUGCUCGCUUGACUACCAACUCUCUCACCACCAGCAGGUUCUCGUGCAUCUCUCAAGCUGCUUCGCUCCAGUUUCCUGUCCGAGUGUACAUUCGGAGUUCAUAGUGGAGGCUCUACUGCUGGCGAACGGACUCAAGGACUGGAAGCAGCUCAGUGAAAAGCUAGAGGCGUUGUUUUGCCUCCUCAUGGACGACUCUGCACCGUAUAUUAAGGAUUUGUCGCUACACAAGCUCACGUUGGCUUUCGCAAUAGUCCGAAACGCUACACUUCGGUUGGACACAAAUCCGUGGCAAGCGGCUGAAAAAUCCCUCGUAGCUGCGCUCUGGGAUGAAAUCCACUCUAGAGUUCUCCCAGAGCGACGCCUGGCGUUUCUGAAAUGUAUUCGUACCGUGUUCCCGCAUGCAGUAGAUCUGGAGAUAAACGCUUUUGGAAUGCUGGCUCUACGAACUCCAACUCGAAAUUCUGCUACGGUUUCUUCGGACCUUUGGGAGAAUUCAGCAGCUGAUGAAGAUGCCGCACUGCCGUCGAGUGAAAGCGACGAAGAAGAUGGAAACCACGAGCUGAAACUUGUGAAACUGAGAAUUGAAACGGCGAUUUCCUCACGUCGACUGAGUGCGAGCGAGUUCUACGUUCGCAAACUCCUCGAACUGCACCAAAUCGUGUCGAAAAAGGUCUUCGUGGUCGUCGUCGGUCGUGGAAUAUGCGGUAAAUCCACUGCUAUCAACGUUCUCAGCUCUGUGUUCGCAGGCAAAGUGUCCAGUUCGGAGAGUGCGCUCUUCGGAGAUCCAGACAGGAAGCUUCGAACUGUUCGCGUAUACACAGAGGCUUUCAACUUGAAAGACGUCUACGGAGAGGCGACGGGGGACUCUACUUGGGAGGAUGGCUUCUUCAUCCACUUCUUUCGCCAGAAUUGCGUCGACGUCUCCAUCGACAACUCUCUAUUCGUACCUGAAGAUACUGCAGCUAAGUGCUCGCUGGCGCCUGCGUCGUGGAUUGUUUUCGACGGUGUACGAGACGCACCCACUCUACUGGAGCCUCUCCGCGGCCUGCUGAAGACUUCUCCAAAAGAAACCAAGAAAAUGACGUUACCGAAUGGAGACCAAUUGGAAUGUACACAUGAAAAGCUGCGUAUAUUCUGCGAGGUCGAGAGUCUUGAGCACUGGUCGCCAACUUGUCUAAGUCGCUGUGGCUUGGUCUACAUGCAGACGGAGCACAUGGUGCCUUACACUGUCCUAAUAAAGAGCUGGUUACAGCAGCAACAACCCAAACGUAAUCGCUCGAGCUUAGCGCAUCUGACCAGGUUCCUCGAACCAACUAGUGAGUUUGUGGUCAAGUUGAUGAGAACGCACCUGCCUUCGAUUUUGGGCGUUUUCAAGCGGUAUUUCCCUUCUUUUCUCGAGUGUUCUGUCACUCAUGGAGUCGCGAAUAUGCUGCAAGUUUUGACUCCAUUCGUCGCAGAGAUCGCUAAAGGGGUAGUGGAGGACGACGCCGAGUGGAUGGCCGACGCUGGAGUUGCUGUGGCGUAUGCUGCGACGAUUUCUCUCGGUGCGAUCCUCCCACGUCGUGCCAGGAUGGAGUUCCACCUCGCCGCUACCAAAAUCGCACCUCACUUGCAAAAAGAGCAUCCGAUCUUCACUUUUGACUGCUCUGCUACACUUUUUGACAGCGGGAAACCCACAACUCGUCGGAGCAGCUUCGCGUAUCAAUCAGAGUUCCCUCGUCGAACCAGCGCAGUACUGAAAGCGCGAGGACGAAUUGUAACCAGUCAGGACACGGAAGACUCUGACGGUGAUGAUGAAAUAGUGGGAGACACGUCCGCAAUCACCAGUCCUCUCUCGGUAAUUUACGUGCCCACGGCUGCUACCGUUAGCUGCAGUGCGUGGCUCAAAAUGAUAGGACUAGCCAAAGCUAAUGCGUUUGUCGUUGGUGAGUCUGGGGUCGGCAAGACGCUCGUGAUGGAGAAUUGCUUACGACAACUCGGUCAAAAAGAGCGAGUGAGUGCCACUGCUGUGCAAGUUAAUUAUACUACAACUGGCUUUGAUAUCCAGAGAGCGAUUGAGAGUGGGAUGACCGGCAAACUGAAAGGCGCUCACUGUCCUGGAGUCGGUAAGCGAUCGUUGGUGCUUCUACUGGAGAAUGUUAAUCUCGACACCCAGGGCUCGUCGAUGCAAGUGAAUGGGCCGUGUUCUGCAAUGAUUCGACAGGUUCUCGAUGGGAAGGGAAGUUUCAUCAAGUCGACGAAAGAAUAUGUGGAAUUCCGAGAUCUGGCAGUUUGGUGUUCGUUUUCACUAUCGAAACUCGGAUAUCCUGGCGUCCCUACUCGAUUAUUGCGGCACUUUCACUUGAUGUGGCUUCCAGACCAGACGGACCACAUUUUCGCUCAAGUCGCCCCAAUGUUCACGAGCUACUUCAGAAGACGCUACGAAAGUUCAUUCGGAGAACUGACCAGCGUCGUUUAUCGUCUGCAACAGUUCCCCAUUCAAAUGUUCAAGCGAGGAAGAAAACUGUGGAAACCAUCAGCUGUCACGCCUCACCUGCUCUUCAGUGUUGGCAGCGUCCUCUCGGUCUUCCUCAGUAUCAUGAAUGCUUCAUUAUCACGCGUCCCUGCAGAUCCAGCAACUGAAUUCGAGCUUCUAACCUUGUAUUUGACCUUACAGCUCCAUCGAAAUCGAUUUCUCGAGCAGGAGAACCGAAAUGAACUCCAAGCUGCAGCGUUCCGAAUCGCCAAGAAGCUCGGAUUUAGCUCCCAGAGCUUGGCAUUUCUACGAUCGCCUGAAGAAUUUUUCUUUGCUGAUUGCGGAGACACGGACGGGAUCACGAGGAUAAACGCGAAGACUCUCGCGGCCUUUUUCGUUGCAGGGGAGGAGCGAUUUCACUGGAAUAGAAAAACCUCGUUGAAAGCCGAGUGUUGUGCUUCUGGACCAGAAUCUGGCGACCUCAGUCCUCGCAAGUCUCGAAGUAAAGGUAUACGACCUGACAAUCAUUUCCCGACCCCAGGAAUCGUCCCCAAGUCGCCGAAUAUCGUCAACGACAAAGCGGUCGUGCGGCGAUCCUCGUUAACAAAUUUAGCGUUGAAAAGUGGUCUCCCAGGCGAGAAAGUGGCCACUUGUUUGUCGUUUUAUCAGUUGCAGAAUACUCUGGACGUCUACAGUUUCUUGCAAAGUGGGGCUCGACACUUACUGCUCAGUGGCUCAGAUACUGCUGAUCGACGCAGCACAACAAUGGUGGCAUGCGGGACUCUGUCCUUCCGGCUCCGUGAAAUUAGCGCUGAAUUGCAAAUAUCCGUUUUUAUCGAGCACGUUAAGAGUAUUGUACUCGAUGCAGGCCUCAAGGCGACGCAGACAGUCUUGUACGUUGAGUACGAGGACCUGGACGCGGAAGAAGUGGCACUUUUAGUGUAUUUAAUUCGUCAAGACGAUCUCCCCUCGCACGUUUAUUCCUCGGCUGACAAAGUGAAGCUUCACGCUCUUGGUCACCAACCGAAGGGGCGACCAACUUGUCCGCCAGCCAACCGAGCUUCCUUCUUACGAGGAGUGACGUCUGAAAAGGAAAAAUUAAACGUUGGAUCAAAGAAAUCCGCGCAGUCGCCAGCGCAUUUACAGACAAUUUUUCGAGAAAACGUGAGGAGAAGUCUCUACGUCGUUUUAUCCGUCGGGUGCAAGCGUAAAUUACUCGAAUUCAUGACGCAGCAGCCGUGUGUUUACUACCGAUUUGUGUCCAAGACUUUCCCACCGUGGCAGGAUGCUUCGGCUAAAGAGAUCUGCAACAAUGCACUACAAGAAUGGGAGCAGCUGCACGAUGGAUUUGAUCAGCGGUUGCCAUCUAUGGCCUCGCGCGCAAGAAGAUUCGGUGCUGUAGCCACGCGACUGGAUGAAAUGCUACGAGUUUUUAAAAUUCUGUUCGCAUUUCACUACAAGAAACUGGACAAACAACGUCAAGAUUUGAGAAAAGUACUAAGUUUUCUGACCAAGCGGUUGACGCAGACAAAUGUGCGCGUUGCGAAGGAGGAAACGAGCGAAAUUGCUCAAAGCGACGCCAGCCAAGCUGUCGUGGACUUCGCAGCACAGCUCUCAGCUCAAGAAUCCGUCGAGAAAGAGGCGAGGCGGCUGUUUCUACUUGAUGAAGAGCGUUGUGCUAAAAUCCAAGGUGAGAUCGAGAUGAAACGCGCCAGUAUCCAACGCGAAUUAUCCAAGACAUUGCCCGACGUACAAGAAGCUACCGAGGCGCUGUCCCAGAUCAACAAAUACCACAUCGUCGAGAUGAAAUCCUUCACGAAUCCACCGCAGCUCGUACGUUUAGCCAUGCAAGCGGUUUGUGUCCUGCUGGAUGUUCCACCGACUUGGAGUGAAGCGCUACGGAUUCUCGCAGAUAUUCGCUUUCUGGAUCGUCUCCGGAACUUCGACAAGGAUCGGAUUGAUCCGUCGCUCAUGGACCGAGUCAGGUUUUACGUGAAUCAUCCGGAUUUUUCAAUGGAGAACAUGAGACGCGCUUCUCUGGCGUCAACUACACUCUGCAAGUGGGUUUUAGCUUUGGUCAGAUACUUUGAAGCGAUGAAACGCGUGGCUCCGACGCAGCAAUUGCUCGAGGAAAUCGAGCAGAGUUACCAUGUUGUCGUGCAGAGAGCUGAAGCCGAGAAGAGAAAACUCGUGGAUAUCGAGAUCCAUUUAUCGGAACUUCGCGUCCUUCACGCCGUGAAAACCCAGCGAGAAGCGGAACUCCAACGAACACAAGAAACGAGGCAGCGCUUCAAGUCGUCGGUCACGUCGUUCGGUCAAGUGAUAAAGCGAUGGCACGAUGUCACAAAAGAACGACUGGAAUCUGUUGAAAAGCGGCGAGAAAAUCUGCUAUUGGAUUGCGUGUUUGUAGCCACUCUGAUCACUUUUGGAGCUGAAAAAAGUCAUGGAAAUCGAGACAAGCUCGUUUCUCAGUGUCAAGAAGCAAUUCGAGCCAACUUAUCUUCGUAUGCAAUGGCUGUCGGUAUACCGACGAUGAUACUAGAGCUGAGCGUUUGCUACGAGUCUUUUCCUCAUGGAUCAGAUCCAGCAAGUGUGUUUCAAGAUUCCGUUCCUCGUAGAUCCUCUAGACCGCGGGGCGUCAUGGAUUAA